UUUCAAAUGGCUAGAAUUUACUUAUUUCUCCACACCUGAAAAUUUAAUUUAAUGAAAAAUAGAGAAUUACCAGUACCCAGAAUAAUUAUUCAAAUUUUUGAAAACUGUGCGUUUGUGAAUGCUACUAAUCUUAAUGAGUUAUAGAUGUUUCAUUCGAUUGAUGCCUGUGCAAUAAAAAUAGUGAUCAUUGUUAAAUAAUAAUGAAUACAGAUCAAUUAAUGAGGAAUAUUUUAAAAGAACUAGUGGGAAAAUCAGGUGCAGAAAAUUUAAAAAUUAUAAAAAUAAAUGUCAACAAUUUAUCUAAAUAUGGAGAAUUAAGUUUUCCUACUAAUAUAUUAGCAUGGAAAAGUCUAAUAGAAUUUGACAAGUAUAUUGAAAUUACCAAAAAUAAAACCAACAUCUUAGAAAUUUAUUUAAAAAUAAAUAAUAUAAAUAAAGAAAAUUGUUCUGAUAAUCAAAUCAUAACAGAAGCACUGAAUUUGUUGAUCUCAAAUAGUAAAUGCUGGCCUGUAUCCUUACAAAGUGGAUUUAUACAUAAGGAAAAAAUUUGUUUACGUCUAAAUCGUUUAUCUGUGAUCUCUACUGCUAUUAAAAUAGCUAUAAAAUAUAAUCACGAGUAUGGAAGAACCAGUGGAACUGAUGUCAAUAAACAAUCCGGCAAAACAGUAUAUCUAGAAGUCAAUGAAGAUCCUGAAUCCAAUUUGACAACUUCAAGAUUACGAUUGUUAAAAAGUAUUUCUGAGAAUAUUUUUAAUCUUCAAGGAUAUGAUGUACAAAUAUCUGAAAGUAAUAAUGAUAAAAUUGAUUUUAAAUACCUGUUGACAACGAAAUCAAAAAACGAAUUCAAAGAAAAAUAUAUAAGUUAUUCUUGUGGAGUAGUUAAAAAUUUGGAUACUAACUCUAAAGAAACAUUGUUAACAUAUGAUGCAUAUUUACAAAAAAAGAUUCAGAAUAUAGUGGAUCUUAAUGAAUGUAGAGAACUGGAAAAUGAAAAUCAACAACUGGAAAACUAUAAAUCGAUUGCUAAGGCUAUUAUAACAUUUGAAUUUUUCAGUGUAAAACCAAAUCAUCCAGUUAUUAUAGCAGAAAAUCCGGAAGCUGAUAAAAGAGUUAUCAGCAAUAAAGGAGGAGCAUUUGUUUUAUAUAAUCAAACAAGAAUAUCAUCUAUAUUAGAUAAAUUUGACAAAGAAUGUAUCAAUGGAAAAUAUCCUGCAUUAUGGAACAUAGAUGACAUUGAUUUGGAUAUAUUAAAUUUAGAAGAAGAGUGGGAACUUAUUUAUAAUUUUAUUUUUGGAUAUCCAAUGAUCGUAUCAAAUUCAAUAGAGUUCAAACUUCAUCACGAAUUAUGUCCCCAAGUAAUAUGUUCAUUUCUCUCUCACUUGAGUAAAAAAUUCAGUAUUUAUUAUCGGCGGUAUCGUAUUUUAACGGAAGGAUGUACUCAUUUACUACCAACAUUGAUGGCCAGAAUUUAUUUACUUAAAGCUCUUCAAAUUGUUUAUAAUAAUUCUCUCAAUAUAUUAAAUAUUAAUUCAAUAUCAAGAAUGUAAUGUAAAAUAUAUGAAAAUAAA